AGCUGGAUUAUUUCCGUUCUUUCCCCUGGCGCUGCAUGCACAGCCGGGGAGGAAAACAAGACGCCUGAGGCCUUGCGGAGAUCUUGCCCCCCCCCCCCUGUUUGUGGCUGCUCUGGCCUGUACAUUUUGGCCCAUUCUCACUGCAGACACACAAGACUGGGAGGUUUAUGAUGGCUGGGUCCACCAUGCAGUACCCUUCCGACAGCGAGAGCCGAAGCAGCAGCAACAGCAGCAGCCCAGGCAUUGCAGCUUUGUCGCGUAGUGACACAAAUCUGGAAGACGAGGAGAAAAUCUGUGCCGUAUGUGGGGAUCGGGCCACUGGCUACCACUUCCACGUCAUGACUUGCGAAGGCUGCAAGGGAUUUUUCCGGCGGACCGUCAUCAAGGGCGUUGAGUUUACAUGCCCCUUCACCAACAGUUGUGCCAUCACCAAAGCCAAGAGACGGCAAUGCCAAGCCUGCCGCUACCAGAAAUGCUUGGCCGUGGGAAUGAGAAAGGACAUGAUCAUGUCCAAUGAACGUUUGCAGCUGCGCCGGGCGCUGCGGCAUCAAAAACAGCAGCAAGAGCAGAGUCCCAAAGUGGAAUCGGCCAAGUCUUUGAGCCUCACGGCUGAACAGGAAAAGUUGAUUGAGAUCCUCACCGAAGCGCACCAUAAAAACUUUGACUCCAGCUUCUCCCAGUUCAUCCACUACCAACCUCCAGUGCGCCUGUAUAUCCAUAGUGUGAGACCUUGGAGCACCCAGGAUGGUUCCUGUCCUCCUCUGUGCCCUCUCAACCAUGAAGACUACCUGGAAAGCUACUCCGAGGAGGUCCUGCCUGACGUUUUCUCUAUGUUGCCCAUCUUUGCUGACAUCAGCACUUUCAUGAUCCAGCAAGUGAUCCAGUUUGCCAAGGCAAUCCCAGCUUUUAGGAGUUUGCCAAUUGAUGAUCAGAUCUCGCUCCUCAAGGGGUCAGCCCUUGAAGUCUGUACGAUCCAAUUCAACACAGUCUUUAAUGAGGAAACCAACGCUUGGGAAUGUGGCCAGCAUUGCUACACCAUAGAAGAUAGUGUCCUGGCUGGUUUCCAGCGAAUCUUCCUGGAGCCACUGCUAAAGUUUCACGUCAGCCUACGGAAACUCAAGCUGCAUGAGGCUGAAUAUAUUCUACUACAAGCCUUGGUGCUCUUCUCCCCGGACCAGGUGAAUGUCGUCCAGCGAGAGGAGAUUGACCAGACUCAAGAGAAAAUUGCCCUCACGCUAAAAAGUUACAUCGACCAGCGGCCUUUGGCUAGAGGCAGGUUCCUGUAUGCCAAACUGCUCUUGCUGUUGACUGAACUGCGGACACUGAAAGUUGAGCACACGCGGCAGAUCCUUCACAUCCAGGAUUUCAGUUCUAUGACGCCCCUGCUUUCAGAAAUUAUCAGCUGAACACCUGAGGCGGGAAGAUGUCGUGUCGUUGUUUUGCUUUGCAAGAUAAAACUAUCUUGAUCAGGGCCCUCUGUUGCCCUCCAUGUCUUUUGGAUCAUACGUUCUAUUAGUCCUAGCCAUCAGGAAUAGUAGGAGUUUAUUCCAGAAUGUCCAGAGAACACUAACUUGCUUACCCGUGGUCUAAAUCAGAACUGAGCUGCUUAUAGCCUCAUAAGCAUUGCUGGAUUGUAGUUAGCUAGCCUAGCCAAGGGUGAAAGAUAAUGGGAGCUGAAGUCUAACUUAGGUUGCAUCCCUGAGCCAGGGUAGUUAAAGCGGUGCCAAACCGGGCUAUCUCUCCAGUGUGAAUGCAGUCUUGAUCUACAUUUCAACUCAAGAGGUGUCUGUUUGGGGGAAGCUUCUAGAUCCCAUCUUUGACGCCAUACAUCCAUGACACCUAGGGUAUGGGUCAGCCUCUUGUGGUCCUCCAGAUUUUGUUGGAUGCCAGCUACAACCAUCCUCCUCCCUCAACCAUUCUGGCUGUGGCCGAUGGAAGUUGCAAUCCACCAUCAUCUAGAGGUGGUCUACACAGGACCUAGCUAUAGGGGACAUCGAAAAUGGAAUCUAGAACCUUUCCCUGGGAUUGAAAUGCUGGAGGUAGGGGUCUAAUGGGAAAUGAGGCUCCCCUCCGAUGCCGCCCUGAGCUAAGCUAUUUUGCAGGGCUGUCAUGUCUUUCCAGUCCAUCUGUUCUAAGCCCACGUUUUUUCCUUCCCCACACAGCCAUAUAAUCCUUCUUCCAUACAAUUAAUCCAACAGCAGCUACUCCCAACCUCCUACUCCUCCUGCAAAGUGGAUCUCCUCUUAGCCAAGUGUCAGCUGAUCCUCCCUGCAGCCAACCUUGUCCGAUCCACUGAUCCUCCCCAUUCUUCCUGGGGUCCUCCUGUUCCACCUAUCCACCCGCUGGGAGAAACUUCAAGUUAGGAAUAGAGCAGCAGUAUAGCAGAACAAAGCAUUAACUGGGCAUGACUGUGGCUUUCCUCAACCUUGCAAAUGGGCAAUGAUUUCUAGCUAUCGUUGUUGCCUGACAGAAGGACUGCAUUUUUAAAAAAAUAAGUAGGAUCUGACCUCCCUCGAGCCCCUGUAAAUUUAAUUGCAAUCUUCAUUUCCAGAGUGAAAUUAGAGACUUUCCAAGCAAGACUAGAAUCAGAGUUGGAAGGGUCUUCAUAAGCCAAUGCAGGAACUCUAGCUAAAGCAUCUUCAGGAAGUAGCUUUUUUAUUUAUUAAUAAAAAUAAUAUAUACAUAUAA